UUCGACGCAACAACCAUGGCGGCUUCCGGGGGUAGAUUUGAAAGUGCGAGGAGCAUCGAAGAACGUAAAGAACAGAAGCGACUGGCUCGGGAGGAAGUCCUGAGACAGGCUAAAGCAGAUUUUGAGAAAGAAGAGAGACGCAAAGAACUUAAGCGAUUGCGAGGUGAGGACACGUGGAUGUUAGCUGAUGUGAAUGAGCGAGUUGAACAAUUAUCACAGGAACAUUCUGUGAAGAAAAAAAAGAAGAAGGAUAGACAUUCCAAAAAAGUUAAGAAAGAAAAGAAGAAAAAGAACAAGAAACAGAAAUAUGAAAAAACUGAAUCAUCUGAUAGUUCAUCGAGUUCUGAAGAUGAAUGGGUUGAAGCAGUUCCAUUACAGGCAACUGCCACAGAAAAAGCCUGGAAAGUGAAGAAGGAAGAAUCAAACAAAACAGAAGAUUCCCAAAUAGGUCAGAGAGAUGAAUGGAUGACCUUUGAUUUUAUGUCUAUUAAAACUGUAUCUUCAUCAUCACUCAAAGCUGAAAAACAGAUUGCAAAGAAAACAGAGCAAGAAAAAGCCCAAGCGAUUGAGCAGUCUAGACUUUCUGAAAGAGAGCUGAAUCCUUAUUGGAAAGAUGGUGGAACAGGCCUACCACCAGAAGAUAUUAAUCCAUCACCAGUUGCUAAAGUGGUAGAAGAUGGUGGAUUAAGCUGGCUUAAAAAGUCCUACCAAAGAAUGAAAGAACAAGCUGAGAAACAAAAUCGAAAUUUUGAGGAUGUUGUAGCAGAGAGAUAUGGGUCAAUGGAGGCAUUUCAGUUGAGAUUAGAAGAAGCUAAGAAAACAGCAUCAAAAAGUGACAACUAUGGAAAAGAACGGUGGAGAAAAACAAGAUACUCAGAUAAAGAACAGAGUUUUCAAGAAAGCAAAAAAUAUAAUUUGGAGAAACAUGAUACCAAUAGGGACACGUGUAAUGAAUUUUCAAGUGGCAGUUAUAGCAAAGUAAAUAUGACAAGUGAUCAAGUAUCUAGUAAAAAUAAAUCUAGAGGAGAUGAGAGAGACAAUAGAUCACAAUUUCUAGAACCAGAUAGAAAUGAAUCAUUUCACCUGAGAAAAAAUUAUGAUUCAAGGGAAAAGCAAGAUUUUUCUUUACUUGGACAUUUCAAACAUAAAUUUUUGAGACCUUCUGAAGAUGAUGAAUUAUCACUUCCUAGCAGAAAUUCUGAAUCACCUAGUUCCUCAGCAUUGUUAGGUCAAAACUCUUUGAGUCAUAGUUUUCUAAAACCUGAUGAAAGCACUGAUAAAAUUUCGUUCUCAUGGAGCCAUGAAAGGAGAGGAGGAGAGAAGCAAAAUUCAGAUAAAAAGUUCUUUAAAUCUACUAGUAGUACUGCUGUUAUUCAAGAAAUUUCAAAAAACAUGAGAGAACAAUCACAGGAAGAAAAUCCAAGCUUUGCUCCUGAGAAAAGAGAAUUUCUACAAGAAAAUAAGACUUCAUUAUCUGGAAAUAAUUCAGAAGAUGGAGCUAAUCACCUUCUAAGUGAAGAUGAGAUGAAUAAACUUGGAGCCAAGAUAAUCAAGGCAGAAUUAAUGGGGAAAAUGGACUUAGCAGUACAACUUAAAGCACAGCUUGACAAAGCACGGAAAUUAAAAGAGAUAAGAAUACAAGAAUCAACAAGAAAAUCUGAGAUGAAGAGUGAAAGUUUGCAGGAAGAACAAGAGGUAGUCCUUGUCAGAACAGAUCAUUCUGGAAGGGUGUGGCCUGUGAGUGCACCUGGAGUCCCAUCAGAAUCCAAGGAAGGAAGAAGGAAAAAGCAGACGGUAACAACACACAUAGAUAAGGAAAGAGUCAGAUACUUUCAUGAUGAUGAUGACUUAAGCUUAAAGGAUUUGGUUAAAAAUGAAAAAAUGGGAACCGCAGAAGAUCAAAAUAGAGCUUUCAUGAAGAUGGCAUCGAAGCUUAGAGAAAAAACCGAUAAAGAAUAUUACAGUUUGGAUGACAUGUUUGUCUCAAAAGCAGCCAAGAAGGAAUGUUUUGGUGGUGAUGAGGAGAAACAGAAGAAAAAAGCAAUCUCAGAGCAUCAGAAGCUUGCUGCACAAAUGGAGAAGUGUCCAUAUUGUUUUGAUAGUUCUCAGCUUCCCAAACACCUUAUUGUUGCAAUAGGUAUUAAGGUUUACUUAUGCUUGCCAAAUUGUCAGUCACUUACUGAAGGGCAUUGCCUGAUAGUACCAUUGCAGCACCAUACAGCAGCAACUCUAUUGGAUGAAGACAUUUGGGAAGAAAUCCAGAGUUUCAGAAAGGCAUUGGUGAAGAUGUUUGAAGAUAAAGAGCUAGACUGCAUCUUUUUAGAAACAAAUAUGAAUAUGAACAAACGAUAUCACAUGGUUUAUGAAUGUAUUCCCCUCCCAAAGGAUGUAGGAGAUAUGGCUCCCAUAUACUUUAAGAAAGCUAUAAUGGAAUCUGAUGAAGAGUGGUCUAUGAACAAAAAGUUAAUUGAUCUGUCUUCAAGAGAUAUCCGAAAGUCUGUGCCCAGAGGUCUGCCUUACUUUUCCGUGGAUUUUGGUCUUCAAGGAGGCUUUGCCCAUGUUAUUGAAGACCAGCAGAAGUUUCCUCAUUACUUUGGAAAGGAAAUUAUUGGUGGUAUGCUGGAUGCAGAACCAAGACUUUGGAGAAAGGGAGUCAGAGAGAACUUCGAUAACCAGAGGAAGAAAGUGCUACAGUUUGCUCAGUGGUGGAAACCAUAUGACUUUACCAAAAGUAAAUGACUGUGGGAAGAGUGAAUUUAAUUAACUUGAAACUUAUCAAUCCCUCCAGUGCCACUGCCAUUUUCUUUUGACUAUUUCAAACUGAAAUAACAACCCUUAGGUCAAACAGGCAGGAAAGCAUCAGCAGAUCUGAAGAUGUGAGAUGGCAAGAAUUGUUAGCCACCACCAGCAGUUGUCAACUGCAGCCUAAUAUCACUGCCUUAUGCAGUUUUUUCACCCCUUGAAUGUGAUAACUUCUUUCCAGUGAUCAAAGACCGAGUUUAUCGAGAAACUAGCCCUCUGCCUAUGUUUUGUCCUGGUGAGGACUUGUAAUUUUCUUGGUGAGUACAUUGUCAUAUCACCCUUAUAUUCUACUUUAGAAGUAACUUCUGAAGGAUGCAAAUCAUUGAUCUAAAGAGGAGACUGGUGUUCCUGAUUCCAAGUUACCAUGCUCAUUUAAGAGAGGUAAUUGAAGUUUUGGUUAAAGGAAAAGCUAGCUCUUAUUUUAAACAAGUGUCACACAAUGUCACUCAUUUGUUAUGUAACUAAAAAGAAUCUUUCCAAAUGUACAAAUGGAAAAUUAAAGGCUGAAAAUGAAAAAAUCAACUACAUUUGUGUGAAAUAAAUUCAAAGUUAUUUUUAAUUCUGAAUUUUUUUCAAACAGUAUGUUAUGAUUUCAUUAUCUUUCAGUCUGAGUACUGCAAGAAAUUGGGGCACAGAAUUGCAUUCAGGCACAGAAUUUAUCCAGGAGUAAAUGUUAGCUUAUGUAAGAAGAGGAUCUACAAAUCAUUAUUGGAGAAAUCCCCAAAUAUAAAGAACAUCUUAUGAUAUUAUCAUUAUCAAAAUUACUUUACCUCAGAUUCCUUUAGAAAAUACAUAUUAAAUGUCUACUAUGUAUGAGGCACUAUAGAUGAAGCUCAGUCUAUGCUCUUGUGGUAUUUAGAAUCUAAUAGAUAAAAUAUGCAUACACAUAUAACUAUAUACAGUAAAGAAGUUGAUAUAAAACAGAAGUCUAGGUUUAGUUCUCUGAAUAAUGUCGAGGGAGCGAUUCUCUACAACUGAUCUUGGAAGAAGAAUGGAAAGGUUAUGACAGGAAGAUCAUCUAAAUUAAGCCUUAAUAUUUCAAGGGAAGAAAUUCAGUAGCUAGAGAUGAAAAUAUGAUGGUGGGAAUAAAUAUCCAUUCCAAAUAUAUGUUAGGGUUGGUGAGAUCAAGGGAGGAAAAAGAAUAUCAAGAUGUAUUCUUGAUAUUGUAUAAAGAAGGGAACUUCUUUAGAUGUUCAAACAAAACUAUUACUUCAAUUCACCAAACACGAUUUCUCAACUUCAAGGAACUAUGCCCUAUGGGUACAAAUAAAGAUGGAAAAUCACCUCAAGAAACUUACAUUGUGUGGGAAGAAAGUGCAAUAACAUAGAAUAAAAUUUAUAUAGACUUUUGCACCAAGUUGAUAUAAUUACUAUAGUAUCAUAUUUUUAAAAACAUUUUAUUUUCAAAACACAUGCAUAGUUUUCAACAUUCAUC